AUGGCCACUCCACCGGACAGUCCCAUCGAGGAGGUGGUCUACGAGCUAGAGCCAACCCGGGCACCGAAACCGAUUCCGGUGGCCCUCGAGGACCUCUGCCGGUUGACGAAAUUCACCCGCCAGGAGAUUCGGGUCAUGUACCGGGGAUUCAAAACGGAGUGUCCGGACGGGGUCGUGCACGAGGACAGCUUCAAGGACAUCUACGCCAAAUUCUUCCCACACGGUAAUUCCAGCCUUUACGCGCACUAUGUGUUCAAAGCGUUCGAUGUCAACUGCAACGGAUCCAUUACCUUCCGGGAUCUGCUCGUCACACUUUCGACUCUCCUGCGAGGUUCCGUUUACGAGCGGCUAAGGUGGACCUUCCGGUUGUACGACAUCAACGGGGACGGGUGCAUCAGCCGGGGGGAGCUGGGCGAAAUCAUCACCGCGGUCCACGAGCUGAUGGGUCGGCGGCCACACCAACCGGACGAUGAUCGGAAAGCCCGCGAACAGGUUGAUCGAGUGUUCGCCAAGCUGGACCUAAACCAGGACGGUAUCAUCACGAUCGAGGAGUUCCUGGAGGCGUGCCUAAAGGACGACGUUAUCACCAAAUCGUUGCAAAUGUUCGACUGCCUUUGAUGACCAUCGUCGGACAGUGUGUACGCGGGCUCGCGCAAACCCGACCUCGAGCGCUUCGCGUUGAUCCACCUCUAAGGCCGGGUGGACGAGACGCUGGUUUAGGUGCGCCCGACCCGACUGGCCCACCCGAAACCACUGUCCUCGAGAGUCCACCGUGUUUUCC